GAUCUUCGAUAAAUCUGCCAUUACUCUUGGCCGGCGAUUCCCCAGAAUACUACCGCCGACUUUGAUCAACAAACAACUCGACUCGGCCCCUUGACGAUCACCCACCGAUAAACAACACAUCUCGCCCAACAUGCCUGCGCCAACAGCACUUCGUCAGCCUGUCGAGGCUCCCACCGCCCAGAUUCCUAUCCAGACCGAGCAAGAGGACGAGCUCAUUCUCGAUGUCAACGAGGCCGUCAACCUCACCGAUCCCAGCGCCGCCGCUCCCCCUUCCAAUGACCAAGAUGCGCAGAUGGCUGUCGACGAGGAGGGUCGCCCCCGCUUCGCCCCCGGCCAGGACGUCCAGAUCAUUCGCCGCGCAGAGACCAGGAAAAUUGGUAUCCCGCCAAACCGCAUGUCGGCCCUCAAGGCCAAUUGGACCAAGAUCUACCCCCCACUUGUAGAGCACUGCAAGCUCCAGGUCCGCAUGAACAUCAAGGAGAAGCGCGUCGAGCUCCGCUCCAGCAGACACACCACCACCCCCGAAUCCCUGCAGAUGGGUGCUGAUUUCGUCUCCGCCUUUGCCAUGGGCUUUGACAUUGACGACGCCAUUGCCCUGCUCCGUCUCGAUUCGCUCUAUAUCCAGUCCUUCGAUGUCAAGGAUGUCCGUCAGACCCUCGGCCCCGAUGCUCUGGGACGUGCGAUUGGUCGUAUUGCAGGCAAGGAUGGAAAGACCAAGUUUGCGAUCGAGAAUGCCACAAAAACCAGAAUCGUCCUCGCCGGCUCCCGCGUUCAUAUCCUCGGUGCCUUCGAAAACAUUGGCAUGGCCCGCGAGUCCGUCGUCUCCCUCAUUCUCGGACACCAGCCCGGCAAGGUGUACAACAACCUCCGGAUCAUUGCCUCGAGGCAAAAGGAGAGAUUCUAAGCUCUCUCUUUGACGAAAAACGGCAAUAAUGUGUUACACUUCUAUUGCCGCUAUUCUCACCUAAUGAAUGGUUCACGCGUGGGGCUGCAUGGUUCAGUCAACAAAAAAUCGACGGUUUUCAUCACAUAAGGGGCGAAGGUGGCAUUUCGGGAGCUACGCUUAAAAAGGGUUCUGGCGUUUAGGAGUCCAUUAUGCUUUUGCUUUGAGUCUGGAGAAUUUGAAAUGGGCGAUUCAGUCAGUCAUGUUGGGGAUACCUACGAAGGUGU